UCCGGGCACGCAUGCACCCACGGCCGCCAACACGUCAGGCCAUGUCGGAGUGAACCGUGCGCCCGAGUGAGAACGAGAAGAGAGGCGAGAAGACCAGCGGCGGCGACUGGGAGGAGGGGAGCGUCUUUGGGACCACUUAGACUACACCAGCAACCAUGGGUGAGCAGCCCAUCUUCAGCACGCGGGCGCACAUCUUCCAGAUUGACCCUACCACCAAGAAGAACUGGCUUCCCACCAGCAAACACGCCGUCACUGUCUCUUAUUUCUUCGACAGCACCAGGAACGUCUACCGCAUCAUCAGCUUGGACGGAUCCAAGGCUGUCAUCAACAGCACCAUCACCCCCAACAUGACCUUCACCAAGACCUCCCAGAAGUUUGGCCAGUGGGCCGACAGCCGCGCCAACACCGUCUACGGGCUGGGCUUCUCGUCCGAGAGCCACCUGAGCAAGUUUGCGGAAAAGUUUGCAGAGUUCAAGGAGGCGGCACGACUCGCCAAGGAGAAGUCACAAGAGAAGAUGGAGCUCAGCAGCACACCCUCGCAGGGCAGCGCUGUCAGAAGGAACAUGUUGCCCGCCAACAAUCCCGCGUUCAACAAGGAGUCCACCAGCUGUCCUCUGCAGUCACCACUGACGCCGGAGGGUGUGAAUGGCACCGAAGACGAUAGAGUGGCAGCGGACACACCUCAGCCUGCAGAGCCCCGAGCUGAGCCCUCCCACAAUGCACUUCCCUUCUCGCACAGUUCCUCCAGCAUUGGAAAGCACUUAGAGGCGGAGCUGGCGGCGCUCAAGGGCAACAACGCUAAGCUAACGGCGGCGCUGCUGGAGUCCACGGCCAACGUCAAGCAGUGGAAACAGCAGCUGACCGCCUACCAGGAGGAGGCGGAGCGGCUACACAAACGGGUGACGGAGCUGGAGUGUGUGAGUGGCCAAACCAUGGCGGUGAAGUCUGAGAAAACGGAGCUCAACCGCACCAUCGAAGAGCUGGAGGCGGCAUUGAAGGCCAAGGAGGAUGAGUUGGAGUGUCUCAAAGCAGAGGUGCAGAGUGCCAACCAGUUUCAGUCCCAAAGAGACUUGCUCAUCCAUAAGCUACAGGAUGUGGAGCGUCGGAACGAGGCGCUGGAGUUGCAGCUAGGCGAGCUGGAGAAGCACGUGGACGCCAACCGGCGGGAGCGCGAGGUCUUCCGCCAGAGUCUACGCUCGCUGCUGCAGCUGCUGGACGGCAAGAUCUUUGAGCUGACCGAGCUGCGGGACGCUCUCGCCAAGCUGCUCGAGUGCAGCUAAUGAUGCGGCCCCCGACGGUGCGCCGGCGGAUGAGCUUCGGCUGCACCUGGAAUGCGGCCCGCGGCGCCACUUUUCACUGCCGCCGUCACGUCACCACGGCACGGGACUGGAACGUCUCGAGAUGUUUACACACUUUCUACGCAUUUAUGGUACUCGCUCACUUUUUGCCACGCCCACUUGGAUCGUUUACACAGCUACGUGAAAGGCCGGGAUCAUGAUGAUGCCUUUCCGGCCGUCACACUGGAAUUUUUUUUCUUUUUCUUGUUUAUUCAAUCAUCAAACUAAUGGGGGGUGGGCUCUCCCGCAUUUUUUUUCCUAUUUUUCGAAUGACAUCAUCAGCCAAAUGAACCAAUGGUGCGAGGACUAGACGACUGUACGCUGUUCUCUCGUAGGACUCGGGGAGGCGAUGGCGAGCCGCCAAGCAGCAAUACAAAGAAGAAGACGCGGCCGAGUGUUUAGCCCGAGCGUCGUCACUUUCAGGUACUUUGCUUUCACAUUUGUGGUGAAAAUUUUGAGUCAAUUUGAAAAAUAAUUAUUUAAUAACUGGCAAUAUUUUUUAACUAUUUAUCAAUUAACUAAAGCUUUUUGUAUUUUUUGUUUUUUUUGCCAAAUGUUUUUUUUUUCUGUAUAGAAUUCGUUUUGCUGAAUUUGCCUUUUGGUCAGUUGUUGAUUAGUUGCCAAAAAAUGAAAAAACGUCAGAGAAACGCGUUGUGACUUUAAGGGCUUGUCGUCAAAAGUAUUUGAGUUGAAAUGUUGACGGUGACAAAUUAUUGUUUUGGAGUUUCUAGUAAAACGUCAAUCAAAUGAAAAGAGAUGUAUGCAUUUUUUUUCAAUUUAAAAUAAAGAGAAAACAGUUAUGAGAAUA